GUUGAAAAAGUACUGACUUCCGGAGUAGAGGAAAACCUGUUUCUACAGAUCAAAAUGGACAACAGUGAGCCCAAUGCGAAGAUGGACGUUGAACAAGAUGAAGCCUUAGGAUCUAAAAGACCCCCUACUGUUGUAGAAAGAUAUUUCGAACAACGUUUUAAAAUCAAUGUGAAAGGGAAGCAGAGGGAGGACCACUGUGUAUUGUCCCAUUCCAACAGAAUCUGCAUUGUAACAUUGGCACAAUCUCAUCCUGUUGUUGCCCAAAAGAAAACGGUCACAUCUGUCAACUUUAAAGUUAAGGACAACAUCGACAGACUUGACAAUAAAGUUACUGGAAAAUCAAAAAGAGGUGCCCAGAUUUUGAAAGCCAACUCGCCACUGUGUAUAAUUACAUGUGAAGAUGGGUCGGAGUUCACCGUGUACAGCUGCAUCAGAGGGAUGCUGGUUGAGGUCAACGAACAUUUGUCAGAAAAACCAAAUCUUGUUGUCGAUAAAUUUCAGACAGAAGGAUACAUUGCCGUCGUUCUGCCCCGUCUGUAUGAGUUCGAGAGGGAGAUGAAGUCGUUGUUGUCACAUGAAGUUUACAAAUCCAAGAUGGCCGAGCGCGACCUUGAAGCUCCCGGUGGUACCUGAACGUGAUCCGUGUGUUAUUUAGAACCGGGGUACCGCGGACCAGUUAUGUCUCAACCUGUGUUACAAAAAAAAGAAAGCAACUUAUUUUCUGUAUUGCAAAAAGUAAAGAAAUUGAGAUCAUU